GGGAACUUGUAGGCAGAGAGCUAGACGGGGCACAAAGACCAUAGUAGUGCCCAUACACUGCCCGGACCAGGCCUGGGGAUAAGGUUUCCAUAUCUGCACGGAUAGAGCAUCACCGUCCUGUUCUUGUUCAGAGCCGAAGGCGAGUGCUGCACUGAGGCAAUGACAGCGUGGUGCCAACUUGGAUACGGUGCUGGCAGCUCCGGUGGGCAUGGCCCAUGUGCUGCAAUGGAUAUUGAGGCAUCGGGACAUCCUGGAAACUCCUGUACCCUGGCACUGUAAUCAUUGCCCUCCACAGGAAACAAAGGACUGUGCCACUGGAAGUACCCAAGCUGUGUGACCAUAGAAUGGCCUUCCUGAGGAGUACGUGUGCCAGUCUGCCCCCUGUGAUGGACAAUAGCACCUGACUGACCUCUGGUGAGGUGGCAAGUCUCUAAUAAUGGAGGUAAGAUCUUUGCAGCUUUCUGACCCCUUCACCCUUGACCCCCCUGGCCUUUCUUCUGAGAUGCUAGGAGUGGCAGAGGAAGCCUUCAAGGCUGGUAACUUUGAACUGGCAGCAGAGAUCUACGGGUCUCAGCUAGACGAGCUGCCCCAGCCGGAGAGAUCUUUAUAUCUGAAGAAAGGAAAGGCUUUGGCUUUGGCUGGACGAGUUGCGGAUGCUUUGGCCUCUUACACAAGGGCGGCAUCUCUACGCCAGCUUUGUCCAGAGGAGCUUGGCAUACUGGUAGAAAGCAUCGCCCAGAACAUCAGAGAGAAAGAACUAAAAUUACCAUGUGCCAAGAAGAAGAGUGAGAAUGAAGGGAACCAAGGAACAGAACCCACCUGUCCUAAAGGCAACCCUCCAAACCCUGAGGAAUGUGACCUCUUCUCCUGCCCAGUGUGCGGGCUUCUACUACUGGAUCCGGUCACUUUAAAUUGUGGCCAUUCUUUUUGUAAGAGAUGCGUGUGUGACAGAAAAUCACCUGAAUGUAGCAGCUGCACCAAUAGAAUAAAACGCAGAGCGGAGGGGUAUAAAGCACCCUGUGUGGACCCGAGGGUUGAUGUGGUCUUGGGGAACUUGAUAGAGAAGUGGUUCAGCGUGGAGACCAAUGUACGGAGAUUGUCCUCUGAAGGAGAUGCACUGUGGGAGAACAAUGACUUGAUAGGUGCAUUAGAAAAAUUCGACACGGCUUUGGAGCUGGGUAAGUGGUCUCACAGCACUAGUCCGUACUCUCUUCUGUGCCUAAUAGAAAGCUCUCACAUGUUGACUACAUCUAAACGGACUCCAGGAGCCAAGUCUCCAGGCUACUAG